AUUUUCCUACCCCACAUUCUCUGUCUUCCUCGCGCCCCUCUCCUCCCUCCCCUCUCUCUCUCCUCGCACGCGCGCAAUCUACGAGGACACGCACAUUGAGAUUCCAACGCACUACCGAUGAAUUUUUGGGAAAUCGACGCUUCUAUGAUACAAUUUCAUAGUUAGGGUUUUGAUUUCUGGUUGAAUUACCUGAGAUUUUUGUAGUUUUGGUGGAAGAAAAAGAGCUUUUGGUAUUAAAAGGAUGGCGUCGAAUUUUGAUCGGUGGGAGAAGGAUCCGUUCUUCUCCGCAGCGGAAGAGGUUCAGGAAUCUGCUGAUAGGUAUACACACGGAUGGAAUCGACUUAUAGAACGUGGAUUCACUCAAUGAAAGACUCGUCUGGCAUAUGGAAUUCAGAAGAACUUCGUAGGGAUGUACGUACUACCCUCGGCACCACCAAAUGGCAGUUGGAGGAAUUGGAACGUGCUGUCAAGUCUAGUUACGCUAAUAGCUCGUCUGAUGAUGCGAAAGAGAGGCAUCACAAUUUUGUUACUGCAAUUGAGAGCCAGAUUUCAAAGAUUGAAAGUUCCUUGCACAAAUCAGCUAUUUCAAAUGGCAAGCCACCUUUGCCGUGGGUGCGUUUGGAUGAAGGGGAAUGCAACGAGCUUGCAUUGUUUCUUUCGGGACCAUCAGUUAGCAUGGACAAAAGCUUUGCAAAUAUUGACAUCAGGACUGAACAAUCAGCGAACCUUCAAAAGGCUGAUAAGGAAUUAGCGCAAGAUUGUGCAAAGAAUUCAAGACAUUCGGUGGAGAGGAAUUUCGUGGAGGAUAGGGAGGAGAAGUUGCCUGGACAUCGCAGGACAGCAAGCGCAAGUGCUGAUAUUGAAGCCUGGAAGAUUGCAGUUCCUGAUGAUGUUUUCCCCCAUAAUUCGGCCAAUGGACAUGUUGUGCCACCUCCUCGAAAGGUACCCAGCUUAGGGUUGCUUAGUACGUUGGAAAAUGCUUCUAAGUUGAAGUGGCCGAAGAAUGGGUACAGGAAGUUGAAAAAUACAGAUCACCACCAAGAAGCUGACUCUAUGUUAUCACAACCUCAGCAAUUGACGAGGGGCAUUGAUGCAUGUUAUGAAAGAAGUAAGAGUUGCCUUGCUGGAUGCGAUGAUUGUUAUGACAACAAGCAACUGUAUGGUUGGUAUGGAGCUGUUCAGAGACUCCUUCAAAGGUCUCAGUAUCAGAUGCAGUAUCGUCGGCCCCUUCAAGUGGUCUUUUCAAUUGUUCUACUUCUUGGCCUGAUUGUUUUGAUUGCAUUUCAGGCAAUUUAAGGGAGCAGAAGCCGAUUCAUCAUUGACCAUUUUGUUAUUGAUAGCGGUAUCUGGGAAUGUGAAGGUCCGGAAAAAAACAGAAGGUGUUACUGGUCUUAAUGCUGACACCUGAUGAAUGUAGGUGUGUUAUCUUCUAUGUUAUGCCAUAUAACGGUAAUACUUGGAAGUUAAUGGCGCUGUAUUAAUAUCCUAUCCAAAUUUUUAAUAUAUCUCCCAAUUUUGAUUUUUUGACCAGCAAAAUUGUGUUGUAUUCCCUUGUCAACCCCAAGGUGGUGGCUGAGAAUGUUGGUCUAGGGUUGUGUUCCUUCAGAAAAUGUAACAAAAGAAAGACCUAUAUUUUUUGGCACUUGCCAGGUCUUGUAUAGUUUUAUUUUUCUUGUAAUGGGGCUGCUUGUAGUUUGUGAUCAUAAAGUUACAGAUGUGGCAUAUUGAACUUUAUUUUAUUAUUCAUCUGUCAGUCGUUCCGUUA